AUGCUCGUGCCAAGAAAGAGCUCUGUCCCUCAAUGGCCCCCAGCUCCGCCCCAUGACGAAACCGACGACCAGCGGAAGGAGCGAUUAAAAAAAGAGGCGGAGGCAAAACGCAAGAGUGAUCAAAUUGAUCGAGUUUUAGGGGCGGAGCGUGAACGACAGAAAAAGGUGGCGAAAGCAAAGAUAUUAUUACUAGGUCAAGCGGAGUCAGGAAAAUCCACGGUCCUCAAAAAUUUCGAGCUACAUUUCGCGCCAAAGGCAUUCGAAGCAGAGGCCGAGGUGUGGCGCCCCGUUAUACACCUGAACCUCGUCCGAUCCGUCAAUUUUAUCCUCAACUUCUUAGCGGGCAGGUUCUCCGGACUUCGCGAUUCCGCUCUUGUGACACAAGAGCAUCAGCAUGCCUAUGGUACAAUGACGGCCGAGCUUCGCAAACUCUGCAUUCGAUUAGCUCCUCUCCGACAGGUCGAAGAAAGCCUAUGCAAGACGCUUUCUGGAUCAUCCGACAACAGGCAGGGAUACAACCCAGCAAAGGCCCCUGAAGUUUCUAUUCCUUCAGGAAGCGGUUGGAAGAAGACACUGGCUGGUGGGCGAUCAGAAGAGUCGAAUGUUUCUCGAGUGGGGGCGUCGGACGAUGGCCGAAACCGCCGGAUUUUAGCUGCGUGCGGCGAGGAUAUCGCAAGAUUGUGGAACGAUCCAACGGUUCAGCAGUCGUUGCGUUCGGCGGACAUUGCUCUUGAAGAGCAACCGGGGUUCUUUCUGGAUCAAGCUGAGCGAAUCACGGAGGAAGAAUACAAGCCAAAGCCAGAGGACGUUUUGAAAGCCAGAGUGAUCACCACUGGUCCAGAAGAACACGUAAUUCGUGCCGAGGCAGCCAACGAGAAUGCAAGAGAAUGGACAAUCUACGACAUUGGUGGACAUCGAAGUCAGCGAGUCAACAUUGUCAUUUUUCUUGCCCCGAUGUCCGGGUUCAAUCAAGUUCUCGCCGAAGAUGAGAGCGUCAAUCGACUGACGGACUCCUUGAGGCUCUGGCAAGAAAUAUGUAGCAACAAGAUUCUAGCCUCAGUCGAAUUUGUGAUAUUCCUCAACAAGCUCGACAUUUUGGAGUCAAAACUCAAAUCGGGUGUUCAAUUUUCACAAUUCGUCACAUCAUACGUCGACAAACCAAACGAGACGAAACCCGUCGCAAGAUGUGGGUCACCAAAGUGGCCGUUUUGUGCUGUGUCAUUCAUCAUCAUUCCAGAUCUGCUUGAUGUUUUCGUUGGGAUCCAUCAACAACAUUCACCAAAACGGAGGAAGGUCCACCCUCAUCUAACCUGUGCAGUCGACACCCGCGCCACGUCGACGGUCAUAACCCGCAUACGAGAAAUGAUACUCGUGAAACUGCUAGCCACCACGAAUAUAUUGUAA